UCUCCUGCGGAGACCCCAGACCUUUCACCUUCCUCGGCGGAGAAACGAGUCAGCAGUAUGGGUAUAUAUAUUCGACGUCUGGCCCUCGUUCGGACUGGUCCAAGGCAAUUCGCAGUUAGGCGCAGAUACCGCCAUACUCUUUCCCAUUCACGAUGGCGACCAGCACCACCAACGACGAGAAAAUUGCAUCAUCCACUCCUCACCAUUACGAGCAGGACAUAAUGCAGGACGAGCCCAAGAUUCGAUCCGAGGACAUUCAAGAUGGUGACCUCGCGCUGAAGAUCCUCCAUACCCAUUAUGAGCCCUUUACCCCUGCCGAAGAGAAACGACUUCUCCGCAAAAUCGACUUUCGGCUGGCCGUGUUGAUGUUGUUUGUCAACGGCAUUCAAUUUGUCGACAAACUGACCAUCUCCCAAGCCGCAACCUAUGGUCUCGUCAAGGAAGCCCAUCUCAAGGGCCAGGAGUUCUCCCUUCUCAUUUCGAUCUUUUACAUCGGUUACCUUGUGGCGCAAUACCCGACCAAUGUACUGAUGCAACGAUUCCCAACUGGUAAAUACAUCACCGUCAACUUCGUUCUCUGGGGUGUCGUCUUGACCUGCAUGGGGUCCUGUACUCGUUUCGGCCCCUUCAUGGCUGCCCGAUUCUUCCUGGGUGUCUUCGAAAGUUGCCUCAACCCGGGAUUCAUUCUCAUCACUUCUUCGUGGUGGAAGCGCGAGGAACAACCGGCUCGAAUCGCUAUCUGGUACUGUGCCAACGGCGUCAUCUCCAUUCCCGCCGGCUUCAUCUUUUACGGCGUGGCCCAUAUGAAUGCCCGAGGACUUUUCCCGUACCAGUGGAUGUUCAUCUUCUUUGGCAUCUUCACUGUCAUAUUUGGUUGCUGCAUGUGGUGGCUGCUGCCCGACUCGCCUGUGUCAGCGAGAUGGCUGAACGAGCGAGAACGUCUCAUUGCCGUCGAGCGCCUGAAGUCCAACAAGACCGGUGUCAAGAACACUCACCACAAGUGGCCUCAAGUCAAAGAGGCGCUCCUCGAUCCCAAGGUCUGGAUGUUGGUGGCGGGUGUCUUCGUUCACAACAUGACCAACAGCCUGCAGACCAAUUUCACCGGCCUCAUCAUUAAGGGUUUCGGAUACUCAACCUACCAGGCCGUGCUGCUCAGCAUCCCGUCCGCCGCAAUCUUUGCAGUUACCGUCUUGACGGUCUCGACCUUCCUAUCGUCCAAGUAUGGCGAGGGCAAGCGCAUCUUCGCCAUCAUCCUCUGCUACUUGCCCGGCGUUAUCUCUUGCGCCAUUCUGCACGCCUCUCCUCUCAAUAGCCACACCAAGGGUCUUCACCUCUUUGCCGUAUUCUUCAUCGGCUGCGUCGCGGCGUCUGCGGGUAUCAUGUAUUCGCUCCUGGCAUCGAAUGUGGCUGGGUAUACCAAGAAGACUGUUUCGGGAGCACUGUUCUUCACGGCCUAUUGCGUGGCUAAUAUUGUGUCGCCCCAGACCUUCAUUGCCACCCAAGCGCCGCAUUAUACCACGGGCAUUGCGGUGUCGUUGGCGGCUUUCUGUGUCAAUAUUGUUCUGUUUUCGGUGUUGUACGUCGUGUACACUUCUGCGAACAAGAGGCGUGAUCAGAUGCAGGAGGGUCAGGUCAGUCAGGAUGAGACGAGGGAUCUGCUGGAUGCUUUCAGUGAUCUGACGGAUCUGGAGAAUAAGAAGAUGCGGUACAAGCUGUGAGUGCGGAAUGUCAGAAUGUGGAAUGUCGACGAAGACAAAGAUGUCUGGAUCCAUUGUGGUCAUGUCAUGAAGAAGUAUGAAUUAGGUCAGUGUGAGUCAAAGUUGUUGAGCAUACCGUUUCAUCGUUGUUAAGGCUUCAGAAGACAUUAUAUGGACUGAACUUUUGUACUUAUGAGUCUGAAAAAAGUCCUGACCAUGGAAUUGAACCAAGAUCUUGAUAUGCUGUGUGGUCGCCAAGGGGUGCGCAUGGAUU